AAUAAAAAAAAAAAACAUCUAGUAGACCACGAUAGAAUGUAUUCUGGUCGAUUGCCAUCGUUUUUGCGGGAAAGUGUUUACACAGACACAGGUGCAGCAAUCACGGCGAGACAAAGUUGCACGUUUGCAAAUAGUGUGGCAAAACUGCCCUUGCAAGACUUGAAGAUACACGAAAGACGCAAAAGCAACCAAUUGUAUCUAACCUGUGGUGUGUGUGGGUUCAAAUUGGAUGACACGACCAAUCUCAGUGACCAGAUAUCUACUAGACACAGGGGUAUGACACGUCACAAAUGUCUACAGUGUCGCUCAGCAGUCAAGUUCAAAUCUGGACUCAGCAGGCACGUUAAGGCGAAACACACCUAAUCAGGACACAUUGAAAGAUCACAAUGGUCUAGUUAGAAGUGCAUUCCAGUAUGUUGCCGAGUUAAAAAAACGUUUUGAUGAGUUUAACAUUUUAUUAAGAUAAAUAGCAAAACGUACU